AUGCCAGAUAACGAGUCCACUGUGUUCAGUACCCUCAGCUAUUCGGUAGACCAGAGUUGUGGUGUAGAGUCCGGUCGUGAAGGAUCGCUUUAUCCAUCGACCAGUACAACCAUUAAAGGUUCGUACGAGCAGUUGCAGUUCGAAAGCAACCUUUGGAUUGAGCUGGCUGAAAUUUUUCUCGAACUCGGCAAGGUAUCCGAGGUGCAGCACUGUAUUAACGAGGCCUGCACUCUGUACCCUCAGUUCUACCAGGCGAUGUACUUGAAAGGCCGGGUGUUUCAUUGCCUUGGUCGCCUCAGCGAGGCGAAGUCUUGCUACUUUGCCGCGAUCGGCAUUUCGCCGUACCACAUUCCCUCGCUCUGCUAUCUGGUCAUGGCCUACGAAGCGGAAGGCAAUCGCACGAUGGCUGAGCAGGUACUGAAGGAUAUGGUGAAAAUCGAUUCGAUGAACUACCACACAUGGCUUGCGUUCGGCAAAUUGCUGAUCAAUCAGAAAAAAUUCUCGGAAGCGGCGGAAUGUUACGAAAAAGCGUUGGCUUUGGAGAAAACCACCCCGUUGCUGCCUUUUUCCGUUAUUCCUCGUUCCAUACGCUUCUUUGUCGGUUAG